AUGUCUGAAAUAAAGAGUGCUUUAUAAUCAAAUAUCGUGCAUAUCUUAGAAAACAAGCCAGCAAAAAACAUAGAAGGAUUUAGAUAAUAAUAAUUGGAAAGUAGAAGAAAACUUAUAGAAGAAUUCAAAUAACUCUAUAUUUAUGAUGAAAAGGGAAAUUUAAGAGGAGAUUGCAAAAUAAAGAAGUUUGUUGAUGGUAGUAGAUACGAAGGGUAGUUAUCGAACGAUAAAAGAAGCGGGUAUGGAAUAUAUUACUACAAUAAUGGUGAUAUAUUUUUGGGCGAAUGGUUUGAUGAUAAAUUUAAUGGUUCAGGGCAUUAUUUAUUCGCGAAUGGUGAAAGAUAUUCUGGAGUAUUAUCAGAUGGUUUGAAACAUGGACAUGGAAAAUAUUACUAUUUAAAUGGAAAUACUUAUGAUGGAGAUUGGUAAAAUGAUAAAAAGCAUGGGAAAGGAAGAUAUGUUUAUUACAGCACAGAUGAAUAUUAUGAUGGAGAUUGGAGAGAAGGAGAAAGACAUGGAAAAGGAGAGGCUGGUUAUGCAUAUGGAGAUGUGUAUGUAGGAGAUUUCAAGAAGAAUGAGCGAAAUGGUUUUGGAAUCAUGAAAUUUAAUGAUGGAGCUAGAGUAGAAGGAAAUUGGGUAAAUGGGCAAUUAUGUGGUUAAGCUAAAAUGUAAUAUCCAAAUGGUGAUACUUACGAAGGUGAAUGGGACAGGAAUUAAAAGAAUGGGGAUGGAGUUUAUACCAUGUGCAACGGAUAAUCGAUAUAUAAGGGCUAAUUUAGAAAUGAUCUAUGGAACGGGCUUGGGAUAUUACAAUAUGAAAAUGGAGAUCACUAUAAAGGAUAUUUUAGAGAUGGUAAGAAAGAUGGGGAAGGAGAAUUUAAAUACGCUUCAUCAAGAGAUACAUAUACUGGAUAAUUCAGAAAAGAUUAAAGAACAGGGCAAGGAGUUAUGCUUUAUGCUAAUGGGGACAGGUACGAGGGGGAAUGGCUAGCAGAUAAAAAACAUGGAAGAGGGAAGUAUACCCAUGCUUUAACAGAUGACAUUUAUGAUGGUGAAUGGGUUUAGGAUUAAAAACAUGGCAAAGGAUAAUAUAUUUUUGGAAAUGGAGAUCAAUUUGUUGGGGAUUGGUUACAGGAUAAAAUGCAUGGAAAAGGAAAAUUUAUUACAAAGGAAGGCAUUGUAUAUGCUGGUGAAUUUAAAAAUCAUAGAUAUAUCGGUCCAAUUAAUUGAUAACAGUUAUUUAUUAAAUA